AUGCAGCCGACACGGUGUCUGCUCAAGCGGUCGGUCUGGAAAGGGCCGCACAUCGUUCCACUCCCAAUUGUACGGCCCGAACCGGGAAAGAGGAUUGCGCCCAUUCGGACGCAGGCGAGGUCGGCAACCAUUUUGCCGAACUUCGUCGGCCUCAAGUUCCAGGUGCACAACGGAAAGGUCUACCAUGACGUAACAAUUACCGAGGAGAUGGUGGGCCACAAGCUGGGCGAGUUCUCUCCGACACGGAAGACGUUCAUUUGGGAUAGGAAAUAA